AUGGACUCCUUCUAUGGCAAGGCGCGGAAGCCUUACGUUCCCAUCGACACCUGCAGCCCAGGUGGGACGUGGGUGGAGGAGCGCCGGUACAACCGUGUGCGGCCCACCGUCACGGGAACAACCGCGGCGGCCAUGGAGCCCGGCGCGAGUGGUGCCUCCUCGCUGGGUGCGGAUAGCUUGACGGCAGCAGACCGUCGCCCGCGUCGAGUUCUCUGCGGCAACUGGCAAGAGGAGGAUGCGCUGGAGCGCGACCUGCUUGCGAUCCAGGAGGCACAGCUGCAGCAGCAACACAGCCAGGCGGGCGGCGAGUCGCUGACAUCAUCCUCGGCGCCGGUGCAGCACAUGCAAACAUUUCUCAAGUCCGGCUGGAACCCGACAGCGACGAUGGAGGUGAUCACAGAGAAGCCCAACGGCAUCUACACGGGCGGCCACACGAGCACGCCGUACCUGACGUGCGACUCGCGCCACCCGGCCAUGCGCAGCCUAGACUCGACCUACCGCGUAGAAUUUAACAGCACGAGUAGCAACGUCGCAUCGCUGCGGCGACCAGACCUGGGGGUGCGCAGCCAGCGGCUGAUGGAGCAGGCGAGGGUGGCGGCGAAGGAGAUGCAGGCCGCCAACCUGCGGGCGCGCCAGGAGCAGCAGCAGUUGCGCGAGGCGAGCAUGAAGUGGAUGAGCCGCUCCUGCGACCCCAACGUCUCCGAGUACCGCGCGACCAUCUGCGACGAGAACGAGGUGCUGCCCAUCGUGGAGAAACUCUCGCAGGAUUACCUCAGCGACGAGCCCAUCACUCUCUACACCGGCAACCCCAACACCGGCAAGACGAUGACGGUGCAUGGCAAGACGCCGGUUGACCCGGUGAGCUCGUCGCGCUUCGGCAAGCACACCCACUUCACCGAGUUCAAGUACGCCUACUAG